AUGCGGAUGUCUAUCACGCUGUGUGCCGCCUUGAGCGGAUUCCUCUUUGGAUAUGACACCAGCGUUAUCAACGGUGCCCUGUUCCAGAUGAAGGACCACUUCGGCUUUAGUGAACACUCCUGGCAGUACGGUUUCAUUGUCUCGAUUGCUAUCAUUGGCUGCCUUAUUGGUUCCUUCGCCGGCGGCAUCAUCUCUACGUAUUGGGGACGACGGCCCAGUAUUGCGAUCGCGGACCUUCUCUUCAUAGCCGGCACGGUUAUCAUGACCUUCGCACCGGGUGUUGCGGUUCUUCUUAUCGGGCGCAUGACGGUGGGCUUAGCCAUCGGUAUUUGCAGCGUGAUUACUCCGGUAUAUCUGGCGGAAAUCACCCCACCAUCCCGUCGAGGGUCCAUCAUCGUGCUUAACAACGUCUUCCUGACGGGUGGGCAGUUCAUCGCCGCCUCUAUUGCUGCCGUCAUGGUUGUUUAUACCUCCAACAACUUUGGUUGGCGCAUCGCGGUUGGCCUAGGUGCGCUCCCUGCUAUGCUCCAACUCGGGUUCCUUAUAUACUUCCUGCCUGAAAGCCCCCGAUGGCUCGCAUUCAGGGGUCGUCUGGAGGCCGCCAGGCUUGUUGCCGUGAGGUGUCGUGUUGAUUUUGACGACAUUGAGGCUCAAAAAUCGAAUUCCGUACAGAUAAACUACUGGGAGCUCUUUAAAAAGGAUGUGCGUUUCCGUGUGAUCUUAAGCUGUAUGCUUCAGAUUAUUCAGCAGUUUUCUGGUAUCAACACUAUCAUGUACUACAGUUCGGUUAUUCUCUACGACGCCGGUUUCCGCGAUCCUAAAAUGCCGGUGAUAUUAUCUAUACCGCUAGCAUUUCUUAACACUCUUUUUACGUGUGUGGCGGUGGUAACAGUGGAUAAAGUUGGCCGGCGUUUUUUAUUGCUCGUAUCCUGCAUAGGCUGCAUCGUCGCCACCGUAGCGGCAUCCGCUUUGGGCUUUAUGAUAAACUCAGAAAUCUCUUAUGCCGUCGGUGGGUGGCUCUUUUUAGGGAUCCUGUCGAUUUUCCUUGCAUUCUACGCGCCGGGUAUUGGCUGCAUCCCGUGGGUGAUGAUGAGCGAAAUCUUCCCUAUCCAUCUUCGUACCGCGGCGUCGUCCAUCGCAACUAUGGCGAACUGGGGUUCCAACGUUGUUGUCUCCCAGGCAUUUCCUGUUCUCAUGGGGUCCAUAGGCGUGGGUGGUACCUUUGCUAUUAUUGUAGGGUUUCUAGUGUUAGGUCUACUCUUCAUCUGGUUUUGUGUGUUAGAGACGAAAGGUCUAACUCUGAGACAGAUUGAUAUGAUGUUUCGCAAACAUGCCAACCUGCCAGAAGAGGAGGAAGAAAUCGCUAGCACGGGUAGCUUUCCUUCGAAUCCUGAGAGGAGAGACGCACCAACCUAUAACACCCUUCCGAGCCAAGUGAACCCGUUAAAAUAA